CCCCAUGUGGACUUCGCUCUCCGAGUGCUGGGCCUCGAUGUCAUGGCCAUUCCUGGCCUCUGCAACCUCGCUCAGAAUCUGAUAUCAGACGCCAUAGCGGACCUGUACCUGUGGCCCAAGACCAUCGAGCUGUACCACGAGGAGCCCAAGCUGGCAGUGGGAUGGCUGACAAUAACCGCCAUGCGAGCCAGCAAUCUGCGCAACCAGGGGCUGGUGGGCACCAGCGACCCCUACCUGCACUUCUACCUGACGAGCAGCCUGGGCAGCCGCGAGUCGAGUGUGCGGGACAACGACCUCAACCCCGACUGGGGGGACGAGGAGUUAAGACUUAAAGUGCUGGAUCCCGCCACCCAGAAGCUGCACGUGGAGGUGUUUGACAAGAACACGGGGAAGGCGGACAGGCUGAUGGGCGUGCAGCUGGUGGCGCUGAGCGAGCUGGCAGUGGGGGAGGCGAAGGACUUUGAGUUGCGCCUGGCGCCGCGCUUCAGCGACCUGGGGGGCGCACAGUCCGGGGGGAGGAGCCGAAGAGACAUCGGGAGUGUGUGCUUCCGCCUGCUGUACAACCCUUUGGGAGAGAACGAGGCGCCCCCGCCAAUGGAUGUGGAGGAGAUGCAGGAGGAGGAGGCGGAGGCGUUCCCUGAGUGGGUGCCGGUGGGGGGCGGGCUGCUGCGCGUGAUCCUCAAGCGCGGCGAGGGGCUGGAGGCACGGCACCACGCCAACCCGUUCGUUGUUCUGCGGUUUCGCAACCAAGAGUGGCAGAGCCAGCACUACAAGAAGCAGGCGGACGUGGUAUUUGAGGAGGAGCCGUUCGAGGUGUUCCUUGAAAAGCCACCAGUGAGCGACACGCUGCACAUCAAAGUCUUCUCCAAGUCUCUUUCCUCCUUCUCCGUCCUCUCCAAGGAGGCGGUGGGGUACUGUGAGAUACAGCUGAGCGACGUGGUGAUCAACGGGCGCAUCAACGACCUCUACCCUCUCAUCGACUCCAAGGGCCAGCUGCAGCUCGAGCUACAGUGGCACCGCCGCACCGACGCCUCACAGGUCGCAGAAGAGACGUCGCUCGCCACCCGCGUGGGGCAGAUGAUCCAGCAGACGGCGGUGGGGAAUAUAAUCACGCAGACGGUUAAUCGGAUGGAGAACGCGUCAGAGGAGAUCAAGGCACGCUGGCAGCAGCCAUAG